AUGUCUACAACAAAUUUAUCGAAUAAUAAUAAUGAAAUUUAUGAAAAAAUUCAACCAUUAAAAACAAAGAAAGAUCAAGCACAUGGUGAUGAUACACAUAAUGAAUUAUUUUCAUAUGAAAAUCAACAGAUACCGCAUGUAUUUAAAAAUCAAACAGAUAUUUCACCAAUAUCCUCAUGUUCAAAUGAACUUUCUUUCGAAAGAGAUAUGCGAAUUACGGAUACAUCCAAUGAAGCAUUCAAAACAGAUGACGAAGAUCGAAAAAAGCAAGAUCUAAUCAUAAGCGAUGUUUCAUUACAACAACAACGAUUACCUAAUGAUGAAUGUGAAUAUGAAAUCGAUUUAGGUAAUGGUUGGAUAACAAAAUCUAGUUCAUCUUAUCAAUCUGAUCCUAAAUAUCAACAACGAUCAACUUCAAUUAUCUCCGGUGAUUCAAUUCAUUCAAUGAAUACAUAUCAAAUUCCUUUUACAAAUACAUUUUAUAGACAAGAAAAUUCAAUUGAUCAUUAUGAUAAAUCAAAUAUUUUAUUCAAUUCACAUAAUUAUAUUCAACAACGAUGGCCACAACUUUCGCUUAGAACAUUCACAAUUUUCAGUAUCGGUACAACGACUCUUUUAUGUGUGAUUGUUCUUAUAAUUCUUGUCUUUUGA